AUGCCGGCACGGACGGGACAGGACUACAUCACCGGGUUGCGGGAACAUCCGCGCGAGGUCUGGCUGCGGGGUGAACGCAUUUCGGACGUCACCACGCAUCCGGCGUUGCGCGGCGGCGUGCAGGCUGUGGCAGCCCUCUACGACUUGCAAUCCCGCGCCGACCUGCGCGAUGAGAUGACCUAUGUAUCACCGACCACCGGCGACCGGGUAGGGUACUCCUUCAUCAUUCCGCAGACGCAACUCGAACUCCAGCAGCGCGGCAGGAUGAUGAUGCGCUGGGCACGCACCGGGUGCGGCAUGCUGGGGCGUUCGCCGGAUUUUCUGAACGUCAAUUUCGCCGCCUGGGGCGCCGCGGCGGACUAUUUCGCUCAGAACCGCCUGUCCUUCAAAACGCACGUCCGGCAGUACUACGAGCACAUCCGGGAAAACGAUCUGACUUUGACCCAUGCCCUGAUCAACCUGCAGCGCCGCCGCACCCCGGGCCAAUCCCAGUUGUCCGAGGGCGUGGGGCUGCGCGUGGUGCGGGAAACAGACGCCGGCCUGUUACUGCACGGCUCGCGUAUUCUGGCGACGCUGGGGCCGAUCGCCGACGAAAUCGCCGUCUACUCGCCCCGUUUUGGAGGCGGGAACGCCGCCGGAUCGGAAGCCUACGUGCUCAAUUUCGCCAUUCCCUGUAGCACGCCAGGGGUCAAAUUCCUUUGCCGCGAGAGUUUCGAUAUCGGCCGCUCCCACUUCGACCAUCCCUUGGGCUCGCGUUUCGAGGAGAUGGACGCCACGGUUUUCUUCGACGACGUGUUCGUGCCCUGGGAACGGGUCUUUCUGUUGGGGAGACGCGGACCUGCUCAAUGA